UUGGUGACGUCAGAAGGACGCAGGCAGGACUCUCGCAGACAAACAACUUUGAGAUCAAAACAACCCCAGACGAGCAACAGCAGCGGCGGCGACACCGGAGCCGUUUCGUACAAACCGCGGCCACACCCGAACACACACGAACUUGGAUUCGGUUCAGAGUGCAGUACAGGCAUAAAGAUGAUCGGAAAGAUUCUCUCUCAUCUGCUUUGGAAUACCGGCGAGGACUUUGAGGCAAUAGACGACACUUUUGAGGAGCUGAUGGAGUUUGAGGAGGGAGAAUGGAUCAUUGUUAAUCUCCCAGAGAUCGGGCAGCUAUCGGCCCCCGAGGUGGAUCCCCUCGAGAACCUGCUGAUUGAGCACCCCAGCAUGUCUGUCUACCAGAUGAGAUGCAGGACGAGUGGGGCGGAGGAGGAGGAGGAGCAAGGCUCUGAUGAAGAUGAAGAGGACACUUCCAGGCCAGUGGCAGUGAGGCAGCACAUAUCUUGGCGUUUGGCUGCCUGGGGAAUCCCCCUGCCCUGCAAGAUCCAGCUGCUGGCUGUCCAGAGGGCCAGGACCCCGGCUGAGCGGAAGAAGCUGAGCCGCGGCUCCCUCCACAGGCAGAACAUAGCUAAGCUGCGAUUCUCUCCAGCAGAGAAGCGCUUUGGCUACUUCAAGCAGCCGUGCCAGCGCUUCUACAACUACUGACAGGGAGAAAGAUAACUGCAUGUGAGAGAGUGUUUCUCAGGUUGCCUCCGCCACAGCUCAGUGAGCAGCAUGGUGCCUAGACUCUGAAAUACUCCGGUUUAACUGCAACAACCGCGACAGUGUAUCGUUUUGACUUUAAUGUAGGCAACCUGCACUGCAACCCUCACAUUUGAAAUGGCUGACAACAAUGAACCUCAAUCUAAUAAUCUGCAGCCAAAGCUUUUAUAACAAAACAGAGCAGAUAUUUUCAGUCAUGUGCUAUCAUGAACGAAAGCAUUAGUAACGAGUGCAGUCACCUUCCGAAAACUGGCACAUGAACAUUAUGAAUGAGAACAUUUUAGUUGUUUUUACUUGUUUGGAUUGAUUUGGUGUGUGACAGCAUUCGAAAGGAGUUGUUACUGUUGCAGUGUGACACUUGUUAAAAUAAAAAUGUUAUCAUAUUGAAUACUUUGCUCUGAUUUAUUAUGCGGUUGGAUUAUGGCACACUGAGUGAUUAUUCCUUGGUUGUAAUCUGUUUGUAUUGUAUUAUGAGUUUUAGCUUUAGAAGAUUCGUGUAUUAAAAGAAAAUUUCAAUAUCAUGUGCACCUGUACAGUAUUCAUAUCAUGUGAAAUUAUUAACUCUGAAUUGCCUAAAAUGAAUGUUCCUUGUUUUAAAUUGUGUCUGUUGGGUUAAUUACAAAACAACUGUGGUUUUGUAUUGAGUGCUGUUUUGUACUUUUCAGCAGGUACACACUUUUUUCAAUUCACAGAAAUUGUUUUUAUUUUUGACUCACAAAUGUAAAUACAGUUGAAAAUUAUGUUUUUCUAUUUGUGUGUAUUUAUAAAAUGUAAAAAAAAAUCCUAAAAUAAAUCUUGUUUUCUUAA